UCGAGCGGAAUGGACGUGAAUAAGUUGAUUCGCAUCUCAUAUUGGCCGCGAUAGUCUUCUUCUUCCCCUUGCCAAAGUGUUUACUCAUUGGUGUUAUAGCUGUUGUUAUUUCGUUGUAGAUGCAACUAUUUCGAACUUAGUGAACUGCUCGCGAGUAAAUAACAUUACGCGGCGCGGAUUCCGUCAGUAUUUUACCAAGUGUUCGCGUACGCUUGGGGGCAACGAAUGCGAGCAAGCGGAGGAAAGUCGUCGGGAUGGUGCCAUCUUCAGUGAUUCACUAUGCCGUGUGGCACCCAUGGUGCGGAUGCUAAAAGUGCAAGAAGCUGAAGCAGAAUGCUAUAAAAAUAGCGAAAUCGAGAUAUCUCAAGCGGUUCAAUUGAAUUAUUCCCUGUGCACUAGAUAAUCUGUGAGUGAAUAUUCGAACGGAGAUAUGGCGAAGAAUGAAUGUUGUUCCUGGCUGCCACUGUUGGCCGUCGCGGCGGUGAUGUCCAUUUCCGCCGUGCUGUGCUUCAAUUUUGAAACGCGUCUUCCCAUCGUCAAGUAUGGAGCGACCAACACCUACUUUGGAUAUUCGGUAGCAUCCCAUUCCGAGCAGCUGAGAAACGGAGACAAAAAAAACUGGGUUCUAGUUGGUGCACCUCUCGGUCAGAAUCUACAACCGGCAACCAAUCGGUCGGGGGCCCUGUUCAAGUGUCCAAUCACACAGCUGAGCAAUGAUUGUGAGCAGAUCAAAACAGAUGGUCGAAGAAAACCUUCUGGUAUAUAUGAAAGUGACGAUGAGGACGACGAUAGUCUUGCACCGCCAGGAAUGGAUGAGCUCAAGACGAAUCAAUGGCUGGGCGUGACAGUCAAAUCCGGCGGAAAGGAAAAUAAGAUAUUUGUCUGUGCCCACCGCUACAUGAAGGUGCAUGAUCGGGGGAAGGCUAAGGAAAAUGGACUUCAUCUGGGACAGGGCUUGUGCUACGUGUUGAACAAUGACUUCACGUUUGGCUUCGCGGUGGAAGUGUGCCUUGGGCGAUCCAUUGAGCGCGAACACGAGCAGUACGCUUUCUGUCAAGCCGGUACUUCCGGGAUGAUUCUGGAUGAUGGUACCGCUGUCAUAGGAACACCCGGUGUCAUGAUCUGGAAGGGUACGGUGUUUGCAGUUGAGGUUGAUGGAGAGUUUUUAUCGCGAGAUAAAACGCAGUACUACGGUGCUCAUGAUAAUGCUGAUUCACCGGUUCCUAACUACAGUUAUCUAGGAAUGUCUGUAACUGGCGGGAAGUACUUUGGUGACUACAUGUCCUACGCAGGAGGUGCUCCUAGGGCUCGGGGGAAUGGACAGGUUAUCUUGUUUUCCAAUAGAAACAAGCGAAAUCCUAUUCUCAAAGAAAGAGAGCUGCGAGGCGAGCAAUUCGGAUCCAGUUUUGGAUACGAAAUGGCUACUGCAGACGUUAAUGGUGAUCAUGCACCAGAUAUUCUCGUCGCAGCACCGUUUUACUUUUCCAAAUCAGAGGGUGGAGCUGUCUAUGUCUUUCAGAAUAUGAACAACAACUUCUCGGACAGCUAUACUACCAAGCUGACAGGGAAGCUAGAAUCACGAUUCGGCAUGGCUAUUGCAAAUCUAGGUGAUAUCAAUAAGGAUGGCUGUGAAGAUAUUGCCGUUGGAGCGCCCUAUGAAGGAAACGGUGUUGUCUACAUCUAUCUCGGAACUCCGGAUGGAUUGUCAACUAAACCAUCGCAAGUAAUAUCAUCAAGUUCUUUAGGCUUAAAUGUUCCAACUCUGAAAACAUUCGGAGGUUCCUUAUCCGGAGGAAUUGAUCUCGAUAACAAUACCUACCCUGAUUUGGUAAUUGGUGCUUACGAUUCUGCUGCAAUAACAACACUAUUAGCGCGUCCCAUUACAAACAUCAAAACCUCAGUGGUGAGUGAUGAGCUGGAAAAGAUUGAUCCCGCUAAGCCUGGCUGCCGAGCUGAUCCAACCGCUAACGCCACGUGCUUCUCGUUCAAAGCAUGUUGUUCGAUAGAACCGUACGAAGAAUCUGGUCACUCCAGCAGUCAGACCCAGCACUUGAAACUGAUUUAUACGAUAGAAGCGGAAACCUACAACAACUUGAAAAAAUUCUCACGUGUCUACUUCGGGCCAGAUACACGAAACCGAUCGAAUAUUCUGCGAAAACAACUCAGCGUUGUCACUAAUGGACGGCAAGAGUGCCGAGAAGAGAUUGUCUACAUCAAGGACAACACACGUGAUAUCCAAAAUCCAAUUCGUUUCCGAUUGAAUUACACAAUUUUGGACAACACUCUCCCGGCGUCGGCGCUAGACACGCUGGAUCCUAUUUUAGACCAAACACAAGCUGAUCGAACGUUCGAAGCGACCUUCCAGAAAGACUGCGGUCCCGAUGGUAUUUGCCAGUCUAAGAUCGAUGUGAAUGCUAAGCUCUCGCUAGAAAAGCAAGCCGACAAUUCCUACUCUCUUGUGCUCGGACAUGACCGUAGCAUUUUGCUCAACGUAAGUGUUUCCAAUUUAGCCGAUUCAGCGUAUGAAACCCAUCUAUUUGUGAAACAUGAUCCCAGUAUAUCGUACAGUGGAACAAAGAGUCUGUACACAUGUACCCAGUUCAACGCCACCCUGGUGGACUGUUCGUUAGGUAAUCCUAUGCGAAGAAACACAGAGGCAAAACUUUCGCUACGGUUCGAUCCCCAGCGCGUGGAUGAUCUGGUGGCGAAACUAUCCUUCCAGGUGUUUGUCAAUACGACAUCGGCGCUGCUCGAAGGAACUAAGCAUAGUACUACUCUAGGGGUGAAUGUCAUCAAACGCGCCAAGAUCAGUAUUUCCGGGGCCGCCCAUCCUGAACAAACCUUCUAUGGAGGAGAGGUCAAAGGUGAAAGUGCAAUGGAAACAGUGGAAGACAUUGGAACAGCCGUGCAGCACAUCUAUCAAAUUUAUAACGAUGGUCCGUGGCGUGCACCGAAGGUCCAAGUUAACAUUCAAUGGCCGCAUCAAGUAGCCAACGAUAAGCCCCAGGGAAAAUGGCUACUCUAUCUAACCGACACACCUUCCGUGGAUGCUACCAACGGAGGAGACUGUGUCGUUGAUCCUAAUUCAGCCAUCAAUCCGCUAGGACUGAAGAAAACAUCUGUCCUAAACGAACUGAUGCAAAUGGAGCGUUACACUCAACGAGCGCAUAAUAAGUCGCUCACAUUCAGUGCGGAAAAAUCCGAGAGAUUAUCAUUUGCCAAGCAAACAUCAUUCUCUUCGUCCGACAAUACACUAAAUCGAGUACGACGCGAUCGAUCGAUGAUCAUCCGUGCCGAACGACUAACCGAUAAGGACGGCAAACAGACUGAUAUCGUGCACAUGGACUGUAAACGGAACACUGCAAAAUGCAUUUCGAUCGUGUGCAAUGUGUACGAUGUUCAGCCCAAGGCUCAAGUACUUAUCAACGUAACAGCACGAUUGUGGAAUUCAACACUGGUAUCCGACUAUCCUCGAGUGGAUCUAGUAAAAAUCGCCUCGAUCGCCAGAAUUAAGGUUUUCGAGGUGCACCAAGAUCAUCCCUUCGAUUCUGUCACGGUCGAAACGUUAGCAUAUCCUGAACUACUCGACCAAGCAGGUGAUGGAUCCAUCCCAUUGUGGGUCUACAUAGUUGCCAUCGUUGGCGGCUUGCUGGCCUUCGCGGUCCUCACCUACAUUCUGUGGAAGUGUGGAUUCUUCAAACGACGAAGACCUGACCCCACGUUAAGCGGGAACUUGGAGAAAAACAGCGAAAGCAAGCCUUUUAUCUAGUAGGAAAUCACAGUUUUCACAAUGGAAAAAAAGAUUACUUAAAAAGUGAUAAGAACCAUCCAUUAGGUUAAGAGGCGUUCAGUGCUGAAACAGUACUUCAAAAGAGUGGAAUGGUAAUUUACGGAACCUCAAAACGCUUCGAUCCAACCAUGCUUGGAAAAUGCACUUAUUUACAAAUAUCCACACAAAAAUUGGUUGAAAAUUUCAAGUUAGG